CGUGUCGCCAACUACAAUAUUAUUAAAAUACCCACCAGAUCCUCGCCGAAAAAUAAAAAAUAAAAACCCUUUAGAUUAAUAUAUCCUGUAGAAUUUGAACUUCACAAACAAAAUUCAAGAAAAUCUCACUGUAUCAAACACCCAAAUAAAGCCACCAUUGCGAAUCUAUAUAAAUACCCACCAACUGAUCUUCAUUAAUCUUUAUUUCAAGAUCAUCAGAAUCAUUGAGAUUCAAGAAAUGUUAGAGAAAACAAUGGAAGUUUUCUGUGCUCAGCCGGCCGACGGGACGGUGAGGGAGACAAUAAAGAUAAAAGGAACAGUUGUUUUAAUGAAGAAGAAUGUGCUUGAGUUCAAAGAUGUUAAAGCUUCGUUUCUUGACCGAGUUCAUGAGUUGGUCGGAAAAGGUGUUGCUGUGCAGCUUAUUAGUGGUGUACAUCAAGACCCAGCAAAUGGGAUGAGAGGAAAGGUUGGAAAGGUAUCAUACUUGGAGAAAUGGGCGACAAAAAUGAGUCCAUCGUUAAAAGCUUCAGAGACAAUGUUCGACAUAAAUUUUGAAUGGGAUGAGAGUAUGGGAGUUCCUGGAGCUUUAAUAAUUAGAAAUCAUCACCAUAGCCAGUUCUUCCUCAAGACAGUGAGUUUAGAGGAUGUUCCCGAACAUGGUAGGGUUCAUUUUGUCUGCAAUUCCUGGGUUUAUCCAACACACUAUUAUAAGUAUGACCGAGUCUUCUUCUCUAACAAGAGCUAUCUGCCAUGGCAAACACCUGAGGCACUACGCAAAUAUAGAGAAGACGAACUUAUAAAUCUACGAGGAAAUGGAAAAGGCAAGCUACAUGAGUGGGAUAGAGUGUAUGACUAUGCUUACUACAACGACUUAGGAGAUCCAGACAAGGGUCAAGAUUAUGCCCGGCAAGUUCUCGGUGGAAGUAAAGAGUUCCCAUAUCCUCGGAGAGGAAGAACCGGUCGAAAACCGACGAAAACAGACCCCAAUUCGGAGAGCAGAUUGCCACUUUUAAGUCUAGAUAUAUAUGUUCCUAGAGAUGAACGAUUUGGUCACAUAAAAUUUUCGGAUUUUUUAGCCUAUGGUCUAAAAUCUAUAGCUAAGGUAUUAGUUCCGGAGAUCAAAUCGUUAUGUGACAAGACUAUAAACGAAUUUGAUAGCUUUGAAGACGUUCUUAAUCUCUAUGAAGAGGGUGUUCAAUUAUCUAAUGGAACCAAACCUAAGAAUCACAUCCCAUGGGAGAUGCUCAAGGAACUUUUGCAUAUUGAUGGCGACCGAUUCCUCAAAUUCCCAGUGCCUGAUGUAAUCAAAGAGGAUAAAUCUGCUUGGAGGACAGACGAAGAGUUUGGACGAGAAAUGCUCGCCGGAGUUAACCCUGUUAUUAUAAGUCGACUCAAGGAAUUUCCACCAACCAGCAAGUUAGACCCUAAAGAAUAUGGGAACCAGAAAAGUACAAUCACAAAAGAGCUCAUAGAAGGGAACAUGAAUGGUCUCACAGUAGAACAGGCAGUCAGAAAUAACAAGCUAUUUAUAUUAGAUCAUCAUGAUGCAUUGAUGCCAUACCUGACGAGAAUAAACUCGACAACCACGAAGACAUAUGCUUCAAGAACAAUCCUUUUACUGCAAGACGAUGAAACGUUGAAGCCGUUGGCAAUUGAAUUAAGUCUUCCCCAUCCACAAGGGGAAAGUCAUGGUGCUAUCAGCAAAGUUUUCACUCCAGCGAAAAAUGGUGUUGAGGGCUCAGUAUGGCAGCUUGCCAAAGCUUAUGCUGCUGUAAAUGAUUCUGGAUAUCAUCAGCUUAUUAGCCACUGGUUGAACACUCAUGCGGUGAUAGAACCUUUCAUUGUGGCCACAAACAGACAGUUGAGUGUUCUUCACCCGAUAUAUAAGCUUCUGCAUCCUCACUUCCGAGACACGAUGAACAUAAAUGCGUUUGCUAGGCAGAUUCUCAUCAAUGCUGGUGGGAUACUUGAGAUGACCGUCUUUCCAGCCAAAUAUGCCAUGGAACUGUCUGCUGUCGUCUACAAGAAUUGGGUUUUCACGGAGCAGGCACUCCCCGCUGAUCUGCUCAAUAGAGGAGUAGCAGUUCCAGAUUCAAGCCAACGACAUGGUCUGAGACUUCUGAUAGAAGAUUAUCCUUACGCGGUUGACGGUUUAGAAGUCUGGUCAGCAAUUCAGACUUGGGUUGAGGAAUUUUGUGCUUUAUACUACCCAACAGAUGACUUGGUUCAAGAUGAUUGUGAACUUCAAUCAUGGUGGACAGAGAUUCGCAAUGAGGGUCAUGGCGACAAGAAAGACGAACCAUGGUGGCCUAAGAUGCAAACACGAGCAGAACUUACCCAAACAUGCACCAUUAUCAUAUGGAUAGCUUCAGCACUCCACGCAGCUGUCAAUUUCGGACAGUACCCUUAUGCUGGCUAUCUCCCUAACCGUCCAACAGUAAGCCGCCGAUUCAUGCCCGAGCCAGGAACCCCUGAGUAUGCAGAACUUGAGAAAGAUCCAAAUUUGGCAUACCUGAAAACAAUCACAGCCCAGCUACAAACUCUCCUCGGCAUAUCACUUAUCGAGGUUUUAUCAACGCACUCCUCCGAUGAAGUAUACCUCGGGCAGAGAGAUACACCAGAAUGGACAUCAGAUCACGAAGCAUUAGCCACAUUCCAAAGAUUUUCAGAAAGGCUGCAAGAAAUUGAAAGCAAGAUUAUGGACAUGAACAACAAUAAGAAAUAUAAGAACAGAGUUGGGCCAGUGAAGGUGCCUUACACCUUACUCUACCCCGGCACCUCAGAUAUAUCGAAACAGGGAGGACUCACCGGCAGGGGGAUUCCCAACAGCGUAUCAGUGUAAUUUGUUUUUUUCAUAUAUGAUUUUGAAGAACUAAGUUGAUAGUAGUAGUGUUUUGUGAAUUAGUUGUGGCUUAGAACAUUAAUUUUUAGCCAUUUUUUUA